GUGCUGGUUGCUUGAGACAGAAGUAGCUCGUCACGACAUUGAGCUCCGUUGUGAAUGUAGUACAGUAGUAGCUGCCACUAACAGUAAAGAUGGCGGUGUUUAGUGCUAGAAAGUAAAUGUUUGACAGUACACGCUACGUGAGGUGUGACAGUUAGCCAGCCAGGUGGAGGAGGUACAGUAGUAGCUGCCACUAACAGUAAAGAUGGCGGUGUUUAGUGCUAGAAAGUAAAUGUUUGACAGUAACACGCUACGUGAGGUGUGACAGUUAGCCAGCCAGGUGGAGGAGGUACAGUAGUAGCUGCCACUAACAGUAAAGAUGGUGGUGUUUAGUGCUAGAAAGUAAAUGUUUGACAGUAACACGCUACGUGAGGUGUGACAGUUAGCCAGCCAGGUGGAGGAGGUACAGUAGCUAUGUGGGUGUUCGGUUAUGGCUCUCUGAUCUGGAAGGUGGAUUUUCCUUAUGAGGAGAAGCGGAUCGGCUACAUUGAAGGCUUCAGCCGGCGCUUCUGGCAAGGCAGCACCGACCACAGGGGAGUGCCAGGCAAGCCUGGCCGAGUCGUGACUCUGGUGGAGGACCCAGAGGGUUGUGUCUGGGGCGUGGCAUAUAAGCUGCCGUCUGGCCGAGAGCAGGAAGUGAAGUGUUACCUUGACUACCGGGAGAAGGGCGGUUACCGCGUCAUUGCAGUGAACUUUCACCCCCGACCCUCCGUGACCCCCACACGACACACUGACACUCCCCCUGCACCCAGCCAGGCUCUGCUCUACAUCGGUUCUAAUGACAACCCUGACUACCUGGGCCCCGCCCCCCUGGAGCUGAUAGCCAAUCAGAUUGUAGAUGCAGUCGGACCGAGCGGACGGAACACUGAAUACCUGUUUUCAUUGGCUGAGGCGCUGAGGACCCUCCUCCCUGAAGACUCAGACACACACCUCUUCUCUCUGGAAGACCUGGUUAGAGAGAGACUAACACACACACUUACUACAAGUGUGUCAGUAAACCAUCGCAGGGAUACUGUAGAUUGUCAGUCAUGUGAUUGUCACCAGGACCAUUCAGAGCUGGGUCAGGGUUAGGGUUGGGACCGUUCAGAGCUGGGUCAGGGUUAGGGUUGGGACCGUUCAGAGCUGGGUCAG